AUGGCCACCUCCGUCGAUAACCGCCAUUACCCCCGCCUCACUCCCACCAUGAACGGCGUCGUUCGCUCCUUCAAACCUCCCCCAGUUCCUUCCCGCUCAUUCGACCGCCACAACCGUCACCAAAACCAGACUGUCGUCGCCGUUCUAACCGAAAAACUCGUCAAAGAAAACGAAACCACCGACGACGACGACCGUUACGACUCCAGCGAUGACGAGGACGAGAGCCACAACCGCAACGUCGCCUACUACAAGGAGAUGGUCCGCAAAUCCAACAGCGAUUUAGAACCGUCGAUUCUAGACUCCCGAGACGAAUCCACGGCUGACAAUUGGAUCCAGCGUAACUCCUCCAUGGUCCGUCUCACCGGAAAACACCCAUUCAACGCCGAAGCGCCUCUCCCUCGCCUCAUGCACCACGGAUUCAUCACUCCCGUCCCUCUCCACUAUGUCCGCAACCACGGCGCGGUCCCGAAAGCCGAUUGGUCCGAUUGGUCGAUCGAAAUCACCGGACUCGUCAAACGCCCGGAGAAAUUCACCAUGGAGCAGCUAAUCUCCGAGUUCCCCAGCCGCGAAUUCCCAGUCACGCUCGUCUGCGCCGGUAAUCGCCGGAAGGAACAGAACAUGGUGAAGCAAACAAUCGGAUUCAAUUGGGGAUCCGCCGGAGUUUCCACCUCCCUCUGGAAAGGCGUCCCACUCAGCGAAAUCCUCCGCCGAUGCGGGAUCUACAGCAGAAGAGGCGGCGCGCUCAACGUCUGCUUCGAAGGAGCGGAGGAUCUUCCCGGAGGCGGCGGAUCUAAAUACGGAACGAGCAUUAAGAAAGAGAUGGCGAUAGAUCCGGCGAGAGACAUCAUAUUAGCGUAUAUGCAGAACGGUGAGCUUCUCACGCCGGAUCACGGGUUUCCGGUUCGGGUCAUUAUACCCGGUUUCAUCGGCGGGCGGAUGGUGAAAUGGUUGAAGCGGAUCAUCGUCACGCCUCAAGAAUCUGACAGUUACUAUCACUAUAAAGAUAACCGAGUCCUUCCUUCUCUCGUUGAUGCUGAGCUGGCAAAUGCAGAAGCUUGGUGGUAUAAGCCUGAAUAUGUCAUCAACGAGCUUAAUAUAAACUCGGUGAUAACAACGCCUGGCCACGAGGAGAUUUUACCGAUUAAUGCAUUUACUACUCAGAAGCCGUACACAAUGAAAGGCUACGCUUACUCUGGAGGAGGAAAGAAGGUGACGAGAGUGGAGGUGACUCUAGACGGAGGAGACACGUGGAGUGUUUGUGAGCUUGACCACCAAGAGAAGGCUAACAAGUAUGGUAAAUUCUGGUGCUGGUGUUUCUGGUCACUUGACGUGGAGGUUCUUGAUCUGCUUAGCGCCAAAGACGUCGCGGUUCGAGCCUGGGACGAGUCUUUCAAUACACAGCCAGAUAAACUCAUCUGGAACCUCAUGGGCAUGAUGAACAACUGUUGGUUCCGAGUGAGAACCAACGUGUGCAAGCCUCACAGAGGAGAGAUAGGGAUUGUUUUCGAACACCCGACCCGACCCGGAAACCAAACGGGUGGGUGGAUGGCAAAGGAGCGUCAGCUCGAGAUAUCCUCCGAGUCAAACCACACUCUCAAGAAAUCAGUCUCGUCUCCUUUCAUGAACACUGCUUCCAAAAUGUAUUCAAUCUCCGAAGUCAGAAAACACAACUCUGCUGACUCAGCAUGGAUCAUCGUCCACGGUCACAUCUACGACUGCACACGUUUCUUGAAAGAUCAUCCCGGAGGCACAGACUCGAUCCUCAUCAACGCCGGCACAGAUUGCACCGAAGAGUUCGAAGCGAUUCACUCAGACAAAGCCAAGAAGCUUCUUGAAGACUACCGUAUCGGAGAACUCAUCACCACCGGCUACGACUCUUCCCCUAACGUAUCAGUCCACGGUGGCUCAAGUGUAGCUUCUUUACUAGCUCCGAUCAAAGAGCUAGCUCCGACAAAGAACAUCGCUUUAGUCAACCCACGUGAGAAAGUCCCGGUUAGACUCAUCGAGAAGACUUCAAUCUCUCACGACGUUCGUAGAUUCCGGUUCGCAUUACCAUCAGAAGACCAGCAGCUCGGUUUACCGGUAGGGAAACACAUUUUCCUCUGCGCAAACAUUAACGACAAACUCUGCUUAAGAGCUUAUACUCCGACCAGCAAAGUCGACGCCGUUGGACAUAUCGACUUAGUCGUCAAGGUUUACUUCAAAGACGUGCAUCCAAGAUUCCCCAACGGAGGACUCAUGUCACAGCACUUAGACUCCUUAACCAUCGGUUCGGUUUUGGACAUUAAAGGUCCGUUAGGUCACAUCGAGUACCAAGGCAAAGGACAUUUCAUGGUUAGCGGUAAACCAAAGUUUGCCAAGAAACUAGCAAUGCUCGCCGGAGGCACAGGAAUAACUCCGAUCUACCAAAUCAUUCAAUCGGUACUGAGUGAUCCGGAGGACGAAACCGAGAUGUUUGUGGUUUACGCAAACCGGACCGAGGAUGAUAUUCUUGUGAGAGAGGAGCUUGAAGGAUGGGCUAGUAAGUAUAAGGAGAGGCUAAAGAUUUGGUACGUUGUUGAGAUCGCAAAGGAAGGUUGGAGUUACAGUACCGGUUUUAUAACCGAAGCUGUGCUUAGAGAACAUAUCCCUGAAGGUGAGGUAGGAGAGUCGCUUGCGCUCGCGUGUGGACCACCGCCUAUGAUUCAGUUUGCGUUGCAGCCGAAUCUUGAGAAGAUGGGUUACGACGUGAAAGAAGAUCUCUUGAUCUUCUGA